AUGCUGGUACUUCGUCAGCCACACGCCUGCAAUAUCUGCCAAUCCAAGCUGCUCUUCAACAAUCGAGAUUCAUGGGAGGAGAUCACUGAGCCUUGGUCGACAACUGGCCACGAUCGGGGAUAUUGGUUCGAUCUGUGGUAUGGUGAGGCAGUUGAAUUGGCACAGCAUGGCUGCGAGUUGAUGAAGUGGCUUGUUACCCUACGCCGACCGGACACAACGACAGACAGCCAAUUGAGAGCCUACUACACGCAUGUCUCUGAAGAGCAACUAGCAUUGGACUGGGUUGAAGAAGUUAGCCAGUACACAGAUAAUAAGGACUUUUCUCGGAAGCUAGUAUUGUGCGCAGAAGCUGACGACGUGGCUGCAGCAGACAUCAAACAAAGGCCGCCGAACUUGACUCCAUCGUCCAAUCAAACCAUGUCUAAAGCUCGCACGUGGUUGCAAAGAUGUUGCAGCACGCAUGAAGCAUGCGCUACUCGUGAGUUCGACAGCGACCAGCUUGUAGCGAGCGACACACAUACGUUGAAACCCCGUCGGCUUAUCAAAAUAUUCCAACGGUCUGCAGGCCCAGCCAUAACUGUACAUCCAAGGUUAUGUCUGGUCGAUACAACGUACAUUUCGUGGCCAAAGUAUGCAACCUUGAGCUACUGUUGGGGAGGAGAUCAGAAGGUCAAGUUAACAAUGAGCAAUUUAGCUCCCUGGCAGUCGAAAAUCCCUUUUCACAAUCUACCUCAAACUAUAAAAGAUGCCAUAAUUGUAACAACCGAGCUUGGGCUUGAGUAUCUCUGGAUAGACGCUCUAUGCAUAAUCCAGGAUAACGAUGCCGACAAAGGUGUGGAGCUUGCCAGGAUGGGUGACAUCUACUCCAAGGCUCAUUUUACCCUGCUAGCAUCGCGAAGCCCUGCGGUGCAAGAUGGGUUCCUAAAACCGCGAUAUAUACCUAAGGAAAGAGGGUAUCGCUUGCCUUACAUCUGCAACGACGGUCAGAUAGGUUCCGUGGUUCUCUGGGCGGGUAGAGACGUUGGAGUCGCAGAGCCGAUCAACCAACGCGGAUGGUGCUUCCAAGAACAAAUCCUUUCGCCUCGCAUCCUGGAGUUUGGGACUCAUCAGAUACGGUAUUUGUGCACUGCAAAUCGCACGGAUGAAGUUGUACCCGAGACAGAUGGUUGGAUAACCAACUCUGAAACUUUCGCGGUACAUGGAACCGGUCGUCCGCUCGACCUUCCCGCCAACUGGGCUACCCUACCAGUGGAUGGAACCGAGUUCCUGACUAUGUGGAAUAACAUCGUCAUGCAUUACAGUCAUUUAAGCUUGAGCUUCAGUACCGAUAGGUUGCGCGCUAUCUCGGCUAUCGCCAGAAAGUUGAAGCAGGCUUCAUCGGCACGAUACUAUGCUGGACUUUGGGCAGAACACCUGCCAAGCCAGUUGCUUUGGGAGACUACCAACGACGACAAGCUCUUUCCGAAAGCUACUCGAGCCGUUAAGCCCGCGGCUCCAUCAUGGUCCUGGGCUUCCAUGCAGGGGCCCAUCAGUCUCAGAGAUUACGAAGGUCACGCCGCCUACCAGAUACUGGAGAUUUCGAUCAAAAAUAGCACGCGUGGUGACGACUUCAGUGACGUUGACAUUGUUAACGCUAACAUCAGCCUUCGAACAUUGACGCUUCAUGCUAGAGUGACUAGACAUAAGAAACCGUCUUCACCAUGGUGGCCGACAGACUUAGUCGAUAACUCGUGGCCGAUGACUGUACACGAAGAGUUAGAGGAGGUUUUUCCACUUCUACUCUUCGUAGAUCCCGAAUCUGGAAAAGAGUGGAGCGAUAUUUCGGGUCGAUGGGAUGAAUUCACUACGGGAGAUCAUGCAGUGUUACUAGCUAAAAUCACCCUUGGCAAGGGGCUGAUAUUGAAAGCGAAACCAAGCAGCAUAGAAAAGUACACGCGCGUCGGCACCUUUCAGUUGGAUACGUACGUCGAAGACGACGAUCGAUGGCAACAAAGAGACAUUUCCAUCUAUUGA